AUGGCUGCUUUCCUUGCUAAUGCCAUGCAUGAAACAGGAAGCUUCUGCAAGAUAAGCGAAACAGAAGAUCGUUCCGACCAUUGUAAUCAAAGCUAUCAGCAAUAUCCUUGUGUUCCAGGCAAAAGUUACUUUGGCAGAGGACCUUUGCAGCUAUCAUGGAACUACAACUAUGGUGCAGCAGGGCAGGCCAUUGGCUUCGACGGCUUGAACAACCCAGAGAUCGUCGGGCAGGAUGCAGGCAUAUCUUUCAAGACAGCAGUGUGGUUCUGGAUGCUCAACAGCAACUGCCACCAAGGAAUCACCUCAGGCGGUGGCUUCGGCUCCACCAUCAGAGCCAUCAACAGUGGUGAGUGCGGCGGAGGAAAUCCAGGAGAAGUACAGUCGAGGGUCAGCUUCUACCAGCGGUUCUGCCAGCAGUUCGGCGUAGACCCAAGGCAGAACAUCGACUGCUAGAAUUUGCCAACGCCCUGCCCCGCCUGUCAACCUUGCUCCCUGAUCCAUCAUACCAUUUCAUAUAUACCUCUACCACGUCUAUGCUUGUACUCAUAUAAAUAAAAUGUAAGGUGUCACGUUAUGCAUAGCUAG